AUGUCUAUGAUUGGUCUGCUACAGAGGGCUAGACUUGGAAUAAAUGGAAGAGGUUCAGCACGAUGUAACAUUCAUAUCACCUCUCAUACAUUAUCACACUCUAAUCCACUCGGACUACCGAACUUUAAGCCUGUCGACACCAGAUUACCGGUGAAGCAUACUCUUCCAGGAGUAAAGGAUAUCAUAUUGGUGUCAUCAUGUAAAGGAGGAGUUGGAAAAUCGACGGUAUCUACAAACUUGGCAGUGGCACUAAGAAACCUUGAUCUGAAUGUAGGUCUAUUAGAUGCAGACAUAUUUGGACCGAGUAUUCCUAAACUCAUGAAUUUACAUGGUGAACCGAGACUUUCUGAUAGAGGGAAGUUAAUACCUUUGCAAAACUAUGGUAUUCAGACGAUGUCAAUGGGAUAUCUUAUUCCAAACGAGGAUAGUCCUAUAGUUUGGAGAGGACUUAUGUUACAGAAGGCUCUCCAACAGUUGAUCUUUGAUGUGGAUUGGAACCAUCUAGACGUUUUAGUGGUAGAUCUACCACCUGGAACAGGCGACAUUCAAAUUACUAUUGGACAGAUGCUUAAAGUUAGUGGUGCAGUGAUAGUUUCCACCAGUCAGGAUUUGGCACUAACCGACGUUAAAAAGGGCAUUUCCAUGUUUAACAAGGUUCAAAUUCCUAUCUAUGGACUUGUAGAGAAUAUGUCUGUAUUUGUAUGUCCAAAUUGUCAGCACGAGGAGCGUUUAUUCGGGGACAGAGGAGUGUUAAAAGAAGCAAAAAGAUUGAAUAUCGAUUAUUUGGGAUCGAUUCCAUUGAAUCCUCGAAUUUGUACGAGUUCAGAUGAAGGAUUCCCUGUGGCUGUUGACCCAAAUGAAUCAUUGGCCAAGCCGUACUACGAGAUAGCGAAAUCCCUAAUAGGAAAAAUCAAGGAGCGCGCCUAA